AUGGCGAAAAUUAUUCCAGAGGGGCUGAGAUCCACUGACAUUGGCCUCUUUGCCAUGAGAGCAGCCCAGAUCGAGAAGACCAAGCCCGUGAUUGCCUACUGGUGCAAUUUUCACAUAGUAAAUCAGAUCAUCGGACGGGGCCUUCAUACUUCCAACGAUGAAAUUAAAAUUUACACCACCAACCUGGUGGAUAAGCUUGAGCAGUUCAAAAUCGAGCAUUCUGACGAUGAUUUGGUGGUGGAUAGCGUUGCGGCGAGUGCUCUAGUCGAGCGCUUUGGGUCGGAAAUCUUUGCUCGCGCUGAGGCUGCUAUGAACGUUAACAAUGUCACGAAGCAAACUGCAGAUACAUUCCAGGCGGCGGCUCUAUUUCUCCAAUUAUGUCAAAUCUGGGGAGCUCUGAGCCCGAAGAUUGCCGGAAGGAUCAAGUUUGGAAAGUAUCAUGCAGUCCGAAUUGUGAAGGCGAUCAAGAAUGGUGAAGAUCCCAACAUGACGAAUCCUGUGCCAGAAGAGGAAGAAAACGAAUCAAUUGCCACUCAGGAGGUUGAAACAUUCGAUGGGUCGGUAGCCGAACGGCCCUCUCGACCCAGACAGCCGCCAAUCGAGCAAUUACCAGAAGAACCCGACCAGCUAAAAGGGCGGGAGCUAGCCCAGCAAUGGCCCCUUAAUGAGCCGCUUCAGUGGCCGCCUGCAACCUCGACUUCUGAUAUUCCUUUUGUACUCGGCGAUGUCCCUGGUUCUCCUGCGCGAACAAAGGACAUUGGCAACCCACACCCAGGAGACUUAAAACCUUACUCAACCCCGGCGAAAAUUGGGUGCUUGUCUUCAGUGCCGAACCUACCAGGUAUGCCCAGGGCCUCAGCCUUCGGCAGAGCCAAUGCCACGCGCUAUUCUCAUGCCGUGCACCCUUUCCCACCACGAGCUGCGAGUUCUUCAGUCGCCGUACUGGCCCCAGCUUCGUUCCAUGACCUAUCGGGUGCUAGCUCUGAUCUUCUGCAUCCUGCAACUAUACCACCUGCAGUUGUACGUGCACCUGUCGCUCAUGUGCCCGCUGCACCAUCAAGUGAACCAUCACAGUCGGUUGACGACCAGUCUAUCUCUAUGGCACAGAAACAUGCUCACUGGGCGCUCUCUGCCUUGACGUUCGAUGACGUUGACACGGCCAUAAAGGAGUUCAAGAACUCUCUGAGACACCUGGGUGCAACGUGUUAA